AUUGAAAAUUUUAGUACAAAAAUAGCAUCAAAAAUGUUAUUUAAACAAAGUAUAUAAAACAGCUAACAAAUUAAACCUUUGUCCUAUUCAAACCUGUUAGAUGUUGUAUUGACACUUUCUUGUGCAACUUUUCAAAGAACUGCUUGCAAUCAGAUGAAAAAGUAAUUUCUAUGCAAUGGACUGCAACAUCAAAACAAUUGUCAAACAAAAAGAGGUGCAUACUUUGUGUUCUUAUUUGAAUUAUUGCAUAAAAAAUGCUACUUGUGACCAUACUGACACUUCACCAAACAUCAAAGUUUAUUUGAGUUUUUUUAAGAUUUUGGCACAAUCAUUAUGCAUAUUAUGCUCAAUAGUAAAAGUUGUUCAGAAAAUUAUUUUAAAACAAAAUCAGACUGUUAUCUUUCGAACUCCAAAAAUAAAACAUUUUCAAGACUGUAAAAUUAGUUUGGAUUGUGUUAAUGUAAUGACUCCUACAUUAAAUAUACCAACAGAUAAUUCCAGAUUUAAAAUUUUGUGUUUUGCGGAUGCUUCUUUAUCCCCAAUACUUGAUAGCUGGUCUAUUCAAGCUAGUGCACUUGUUUGGGUUAUUAAAAAAACCGCUCAGUUUCAUGAGUUAUCUCGAUCACAGUUUCAUGCAGUUAUCUCAAUCCCUUUAUAUGUUCAUAUUGAACAAGAUUGCACUGUUGAAGUUUAUGUAUCAUAUACAAGUUUGGUUGAACAGACUAAUUGGCAACAACUAAAUGUUAGUAGCAUUGAAGUUAAAGAUGCACUAGUUCAGUUUUCUAUAUUUCAACCAGCAAUAUAUACUGUUGUUGUAAGUAAAAAGAGACCUUCUUCAAGCAACAUAAUAUACUCAAGUUCAGAAGGCUCUGUUGUUCUGCAAUUAGACUCAACAUCCGAAAUAAGAGUAAGGUUUCCUGAGGAAGCGUUAGUUACGUCAUGCAUUAAUGUAAAUGUUGAGUGUUUGUAUUAUGACAAGUUUUAUGUCCCUGAUGAUAUUGGUAAAUUAAAGAUACUGGCAGCUCCGAUCAUUGCUCUUGGUCCUGUUGGGUCUUGCUUUAAAAAAAAAGUUUGUGUAAUAUUACCAUUACCUAAAGCUAAUGAAGUUUUUCACUGGAACAAAAAUUGUACUUUAACUAUUCUAUAUAGCCAAACUGGUGUAAACACAAUCCCUAAUUGGAAAGUAUUACACACAGACUAUGUAAUAGAUUUUCAUAAUAAAACAGUGACAUUUUAUACAAGUCAUUUUACACUGUUCUCUGUUUUCUGGAACAUCCUUGAUAGUACAUUACCAGAACAAUUUAAACUGCAUGCUAAUUUUAAUUUGCCACGAUUCAGCUUUUGGGUUUAUUUUCGUGCAUUAAUGACAGAAUAUACAAACAAAAAACAGUUUGGAAUUUGUGUUGUUUGUUAUCGCUUUAAUGAUCCGAGUGCACAUUUCUCAAAUCAAUAUCCGCAUGAAGUUGGAACCUGUAAACCAAGAAAAAUACGAGCAGGAAAGCUUAGAAUACAAUUAAAAUCUGGAUUGUUUAAUGCUGACCAACUAGCUGGUGAAUCAAGUCUGACAAAGUUUGUUGAUUUUUGUGGGCACGAUUUUGAUAUUCAUUUUGCAUGCAUGUUUAAAAGUAAAGAAAUGCUUGAUGUAGGAUUAAUUGGCAAAGUCCAAGUACAUAAUGGCGAUGAAGAAUUGUCAUUUAAUCUUAUAAAGAACUCCAAUCAAAUUCUUAAGAGAACAAAAGCAGGAAACAAGUUAAAACUCAAAGAAGUUAACAAAGAGAUACAUAAGAAUUUGAUGAACUUGUGUCGUGUUCGGAACUGGUCUAAACUAAUAGUUAAUCCUGGUUGUACAAAGCCUGAUAUCAGUAAAAAUGUUGGUGAUAACGUAAUAAUGCCAGUUAACAGUUGUUUUGAACAUAGUUCUGCAAUUAACAAUACUAAUUUUAAUAAAGUGCUGAAAAACUCGAAUUCUGAAAUUAAAGAAACUUUUGAAAAAAAAGAAUCAAGAAAACGGCGUUUUGAAAGUGAUAUUUCUUCAGAAAAAUUCAGUGAAUCAAAGUUAGAUGAUGUUGCCGGUGAAGUUUCAAAAUGGUGGAGAUCUUUAGGAAGGAAAUUAAAUAUAAGUGAAAAUUUGUUGCAGGAAAUUGAUUUAAACUUUAGACACUGCGGAGAAAAAGAAAAGGCCUUUCAAAUGCUCCUUACAUGGAGAGAAAAAAAUCCUGAGAACUGCACACCAAAAAAACUUUAUAACGUAUUAAAGAGUUCGGGACUGAAAUAUACUGGAACCCAAUGUCUUACUUAACUUUUAUGCGUUCUCGGGUCUUUUUUAAAAGGGUUUGUCUUUUGUAUUUGCUGUGUGUUAUAGUUUUAUUGAAUAUUUAAAUUGUUGUAAAAUGUAUAAAGUAUGUAAAAAGUUAUUUUAUUUUAUGUUA